CCUCAAAACCAAAUAAGCUGAUGAACGAGUUCAGUCCGGGCAGAUUUUACGGAAGCAGCAACAUCUCGCUCAGGAUUGAAUUAGUUCGAGAAGAUUCACAAGUUAGCUACACUCUCGAAAGAGCGAAAGGGUUCAAGAAGAGCAAGAAGACAUGCUAUGGAGGACUUGUUAGUUUGUACCUGUACAGACAACAUAACUCUAAAUGCAUGUUAUGAAGGACAUAUUUACAUCACUUCAGCUCCAGUUUCCUUCAAAAGAGCAAGUCACAGAUGAGCUGGGCGGGAGAAGGGGAAGGAGGGAGUCUCGUCCGAGAGCGCAGGCGGGCAUCUGCACAUUUCACAUCUGGAUGGACUUUAGGCAGGGGGGAAAUGGCUCUUCAGACGACAAGAAUACCGGAGCUGAGCACCGCGUUCCCCAACGGAAGCCAAAAUUACACCGUUGAAAAGAACUGCAUCGAUCCAAACGUGUGGGAGGCGCUCACCAGCAGCCAACCCAUCUACAUGGGGGUCGUCACCGCGCUCGGAGUGGUGUUGAACGCCUUCGUGCUGCUGGUGUUCUGCCUGCACAAGAAGGCGUGCACGGUGGCCGAAAUCUACCUGAGCAACCUGGCGGCUGCCGACCUCAUCCUGGUGUCCUGCCUUGCCUUUUGGGCCGUCAACAUCGCCAACGAUUUCGACUGGCCUUUCGGUCUGGCCAUGUGCAAAGUGGUCAACACGGGUAUCAAGAUGAGUGCCUACGGCAGUAUCUACUUCCUGGUUCUGGUGAGCCUGGAUCGCUACGUGGCGUUGGUUCACCCGAUGUCGCACGGGCGAAUGCGUCGGCCCAAGUAUGCCAAGCUGGGUUGUUUGCUGGUGUGGGGCUUCAGUUUGUUCCUGGGCAUCCCGACGUUGGUCUUCAGGGCGGUGAAGUACUUCCCGCAGUACGGCGUGCGCGCUUGCGUCUUGGAUUUCCCAAGCCGCACAGUAAUGCUCCUCUGCGACGCGAUGCUAAUUUGCGUUAGCUUCAUCAUCCCGAUUGCCAUCAUCUCCUUCUGCACCGUCAAGAUCAUCCAGGCGUUGAGCAAGCGCUCGAUAGAGAGGUUCAACGGCGAGAAGAGCGAGCAGAAGGCCACCACGCUGGUGUUGGUGGUCCUGGUUGCCUUCCUCAUCUGCUGGUUACCGUUUCACAUCGUCACAAUACUGGACGUGCUCAUAAAAGCCGGCGUGAUGCGAGGGUGUCAGCUGGAAGCAGCCGUAGACAUUUGCAGACAGUUUUUUGACUACUUGGCCUUCUUCAACAGUAUCGUCAACCCCAUCCUCUACGUCAUCGUCGGCAAAAACUUUCGGAAAAAGGCUCGGGAAGUGUGCAAGCAGUGGCCAGUCGGUAACGCGACGACAGUGUCCACGCGUUCAAACACUUCUGCAACACUGAGGACGUUUACAUAAAAAUCGAAUUCAUCAGAGGGGAGAACUCUCCUUGUCAUAAAAGGAGGGCGAUGGCGCCCAAAAACAGAUUUUCAUCUCAGCCGAGAACAUUUUUCAUCUGGAAACGCCUUUUUGCUGGCACUUACUACUUUUAGAUAACAUAUGUCACUGUACUUGACUCUCUCUUCCCUUCUAACUCGCUGGAAAACGAGAAUUUCUAAUCAAUGUCGAGAGGACAUAAUAUAAUACAGACGCAGAAAAAGAACAGAGCAAACAUCAUCCACAACAUUGACAUGCAAAGGCAAAAUAAUUCUCGAUUGUAUGAUGGAAGUGCUACACGGUGAAAAUGUUUUUGUCAAGACGCCGCAAAAUCCAACUUUGAGCAUGCUAGCGAGCUACUUUUGUGAUUGUAAAAUCGGUCGGCUUGCCUUGCAGUCAGUUGAUGAAGGAUAAAUUCAAACGUCUGCAGUAAUUUCGACACGAACGGUCAGAGGAAGCCCUGGUCAAUGCCUUUCAAGGUAUCUGAACGUUCGAGCAGGCAAGAAUGAAUGACUCACUGCCCCGUGACAAAGUUUCCAGUUGUGACGCGCCAUCACGUUGCUUUUUUGCUUUUUUUUCCCCCCAAAACACCACAAGCAAGCGACCCACUCAGUGUUGACUCAGAGGUCUGUGGGAGGGUGCACAGGCACUCCCCAAAAUAAAGGCUCGGAAUACCAAAAAGGCAGUAAGCCUUGAACCACAUGCCACUGGAGUAGAUGAGGUGACCUCAAAGUCGAAAAUAUGGCAAACAUUUAAAAAGUUUGUCGCAUGUAUUUUUCCACGAUUGUUGCUUAUAUAAGAUCAGAUGUGCUUGUACCAGAUCAUCUGUUAAUAUAAAUAAUCUGACUCAAGCAAAUGACUUCUCCUAUUUAUUAUUAGAAUUGUGAUGUAAAUGAAAUACCGAACAUGCAUUAAAGCUGUGUCCGCACGAUCCAAA